AUGGAGAAGAUUGAGUUAAGAGCUGGCCGCGAGAUUCGAAGCCACGUGAAAUUACCUGAAAGGAUGCAUUCAUGUCAAGUGUGCGACAAGACGUACCAGACGCGUGGCUCCUUGACUCGACACCUGCGAAACCAUUCCGUCAAUGAUAGCCAGCAUGUGUGCCCAACGUGCGGGGUGGCUUUUUCUCGCCGCGACCUCUUGCGGCGGCAUGUUCGAAUCCACCGCCUUGCGCAAAACAACCUCAACACGACCACGACGUCCAACGAUCUCGCCACGCCUGCUCCGCGACGUCGCUGUCAUACGGCGUGUCAGCCUUGUCGAGAAGCGCGGGUGAAAUGUGACGGAGGCAAUCCCUGCUCCCAGUGUAUCGCAACGCAAACAGAGUGCCUGCUCGGAUCCCGUACUGGGCGUGUGAGCCGCGUCGUCGAGAAAGAACGUCGGCAAGAGCAGUAUUCUCAUUCCGAUGAUGGAGGGUCAGCUGGAGAGGACGAUAAGGAAGACGGCGACCAGGAGCAAGAUUUCUCGAGGGUAAGGGUCGAAACUUCCAUAACAGCAGCGCCAGCCAUGCUUCACUCACCAGUCUCGAAUGUUGAUGCUCCGAUAAUUCCCUUCUUGGGGUCCGAGGAUCCGUUGCCCGACAUGGACAAUAUAGACCAUUUGGCCGAGAUGGACUUCAGCUGGACGGACUCUUUGCCUUGCACUACCACUUCAUGGCCUUGGCUGCAUGAGAGUUUACUCUUACAAGGCAAUCCCUUGCUCAAUUGGACCAAUGACUCCAUCUACGCCCUUGAUACUGGUGAUAUGGUUCCAGACUCUUGCCCAGGCAUUAUACCCCUCGAUACGGCACAACAACUGCCUGUUAUAUCCCCCACCAAGACCGUCACCUCGAUGUCGGCAAGAGAUGAUGCCGAGUCUGGUUCCGCACCGCCAUCAGAGCCAGGAAAACCAGAGACCCGACUGCAGGGACCCGAUAUGCCCGAAUUUCAAGGUCAAGCAGCCCUCCAGCAAGAUCAAAUAGUAGAAGAGCUCGUGGCCUACGCGGAGAAGCGAAUUGUUACUCCAGGGUCCAAGCUCUCUCGAUCCUUGUUCUGGCAGUCCAUGUCGAUUCGAAUCGCAGAAGCAUUUCGCAUCGAUCCUUGCGACUCACCUGGGUCGGAGUCAACCUUGAAUCGCCUGAUGCAGAUUUACAAAGAAAACUUUUCCCCGUUGUGGCCAUUGCUGAGUGGAAAGGAGUUUGACUCCAGCGAACUUCACCCCUUGCUCUUUCUGACUGUUGUUUCGAUUGGAUGCAUGUAUGGGACCUCCCAAGAAUGCAAUUUCGGAAACAAGCUUCACGAACGAGUCCGUCGUUGUCUAGCGGCAUCUCUGAUUGGGCUUGAGGAUGCUGAAGGCGACAUACUUUGGCUCGGGCGGGCCCGGCUGUUGACUCAGGUCGCGGCUCUAUAUUUUGGGCAACGGCGGGCUUUCUCUUACGCCCAACACGUUGGUGCGAUAACUCUCGCACAGGCACGGCGAAUGGAUUUGUUCUCUACCGUGGGCCGUCCUGGCAUGACUGGGGAACUUUCUCUCGAACAACAGACUGUGCUUUGGCAAAACGCGGAGGCCAGGAAGCGGCUCGCCUUCGGAAUUCUCAGAGCAGAUGUCUUCACAAGCGUGCUUUUGAACACGCGGCCACUGUUGUCGGCUGAAGAGAUCUACCUAGAUCUCCCUGCCAGUGAUGAAAUUUGGAUGAACCUGGAUACCAUUCCUCUGGAGCAGUUGGCCUCCCGGCUGAAAGACGAGUCUUCGCGGGCAUUGGGGCUCCCAUUCUGCGAUUUGGUUAGAGUUGCGAGCGACCGCGGGGAGGCCCUCCUUAACAUGAACCCAAGGGGAUAUGAGCUCCUGAUUUUCGGCCUUCAAGAGUAUGUUUGGAGAUUCAGCCACGACCGAAGCAUGUUCCCGCGCCUCAUCGGCCAGUCGGAUCAUACUGUCGCCCAGAAAGAGAAUCUACCUUCCUCCCCGAACGGUCUUUCAAUCUCAGCAUCGUUACAGACUGACCAGCUUGGUCGUACCUAUCGUCGAAUGAAUGAUCUUCGAAACGACCGUUGCCGCAUUACCCAGACCCUACAGAGAUGGGAGCAAAGCUUCACAUCAACUCGCACUACACAAUCGUUCGGCCAAGAUAGGACCAGUGUGAUGAGCAGCUUACUCCUUUUGUACAUCUCAUACCUGAGGCUAUGUGUGCCUCUUGCUGAUCUUCAUUCGGCCGCGUACAUCCUCAUGGACAACAAACCUCUGGAACCAAAGAAGCUACAAACACUUCAGGAGUGGGCAAAAGGAACAGGGGCAGUUGAAGCCAUCAAACACGUGUGUCAGAUUUGGUCCCUCCUGAGCCAAGAAAGAUUUCGCACCGGUACCGACAAGGCAAAAUACAAUCUUCUUUCCUUUUCGGGCUUACAUCACGCGGCAGUCGUGAUCUGGACCUUUGCCGGGGUUCAUAGUGAGCCUGUUGCUGAAGUCGCCGAGCUGCCUGGAUGGAGGGAUAUGGCACCAAUCUCCAUUCAACGAGACCAAACCCGGUCGCUUCUGAGAGCGGUUGUCAGUUUGUACAAGCACUUGAUACCAAGAGGUUGGUAUUCUUUUGCGGCCGUCGCAGAAAGCUUAGCUGCACAGCCAUUCCCGGACUCUAGCCGCUAGGGGAUAGCCACUUUCACAGAUUGCUCUAAGCCUUGUAUAAUAAUGUUCAAACAAAAUUUUCUCCGGUGUCAUUGUUGAGCACUUUACCUGAGGCACACUACUGCCUGACUCAAGGGUGUCAGCGCUUCUUUUGCAUCUCGGAUCGCAUUUCGAUUUAUAUACACCUUCAAGUUUUGUGAUCUUGUAUCUUCCUUUUUGCCUCUGUAUAGCUUCAUUACAAGAGUUUCAAUCUCCGCCUCUCGGGUAAAUGCUCUUCCUUUUCUCCGUUCAUGAGGACCUCACCCGUCGACAAUUAUUGCAUACAUAUCAAUUGAUAGCAGGCCUUAGACCGUACUCUUUCCAGCUAAGCCAAACAAUUCAAGCUCCAUUGCCCGGAACAAGAGAUGUCUCUUGAAUGCCGACUACAA